AUGACAUUUGCUCGACUUGUGUUGGCAGCCGCAACUAAUGAAGAGGUACCAGACCCAACCGAAGAUAGUUUUCCGGCGAGGGCAGAAGCUUUGGCUGUUAUUCAGUAUUACACAGCCAACAUCUAUGCCCUGUUCCCCUGUUUUUCCGAAACACAUCUUCUCACGGUUCUUGAUGACGUCUACCAGCAAGAUGAGAGGGUGAAGGAACACCUGAAGGAUGCUGACUUUUGGCUCUUGUACAUGGUUCUUGCCAUUGGUUAUACUGCACAAAGUAAAAACGGGCAGGACGAGUACUAUCGUCGCGGCCUUGACUUCGUUGCCCGCGCACUGCCCUUUGCCGACAAGGCUUUGAUGCCCGGGUAUCCAACGCAGAUCCAGUCGCUUAUUCUAUUUACGCAAUAUUCAAUGCUCGAUCCAGCGCAUUUCGACAGUUGGUAUCUGAUUGGUUUCGCGAGCAGGGCGGUCGUUGACCUUGGGUUCCACCAAGAUCCUCCGCUGCUCCAAGUCCCCGACAAGGCCGCCCUUGAUAUUAGGAGAAGGAUGUUUUACUGCGUAUACGCGCUUGACAGGACUAUCAGCAUGAUUCGCACAAGAUCAUUCUCAUUCACAGACGACUCAAUCAACGUCGAGUACCCUACCGCAUCGGGACCAUCGUCAGGGCCAAUCACCGGCCCUCAGUCUGCGGAUCCGGCCCUGCUCCUGUUUCAAUUACGACGCACCCAGUCAGAGUGGUAUCAAACCCUAUUCCAAGCCGACUCGGCGCCUCUCCCCGAUGCAGCCUCGUUCAUCUGGCAAAUGUGCCUGGAGAUGCGGGAAUGGCACGAGAGUUUGCCCGACAAUCUACCCUCUGGCAUUCGGGAACUGUUUGAGCUCGAGUUGAGAUACAGCUACAUUUACUGUCUUGCACCCAGUGAUCGAUCUCCUCGCCUGACCGACUACGCCCGGAAGCUCAUUUUCGAACACGCCAUCACAUACAUCAAUACCAUGCACAGCGUUGCACACGGCGCAGCCAAUACGGCAUUCUAUACAUCACUCGACGCGCUCAAGGUAUACUUUGUUGCAAUGCAGUUCUUUACAGUCUUCAAUGCAGCUCGCGAGCUUCUUCUCUCGGAAACGAGGAUCAUCCCACCCAUCACACGGCCGGGAACGGCGCCACCCCCUCCCUUGCCUCACCGCCCUGUCGGUAGCGAAAAUGUUGUGGACAGAAGCAUCCGGUGCUUACAACAAGUGGUGGAAACGCUAAACACCUUUUCCCAGCGCUGGGAUAUUGCUUCGCAGUUGAAAUCGACCUUCGAGACGAUAUCAUCAGAGUUGUUCUCCUGGCUCCAGGUUCAGCGGCAGAUGAGAGAUCAGCAACCGCAACAGCCACACCACCCGCAACAUCAGCAACAACAACAGAUGAUUCCCGGGCCCUCGCCACCGCAACUCCAGCGUUCCAUUCACCCAAAUCCCCAGGUCCUCAUGACACCUCCGCAUAUGCAGAUGCAGGGCAUGAUGCAGCAGCCUGGACAGCCGAUGGUGCAGUAUAGAUGGAUGGGAGACGGCGCAGGUCAGGUCAUGCCCGGCAUGCCACCGGGACAUGGCGGCCCGCCCAGGUGA